AUGCCUGUCGGAACUGUCCUUGUCACCGGUGGCACCGGCUACAUUGGCUCCUUCACCACCUUGACACUCCUCGAAAACGGCUACGAUGUCGUCAUCGUCGACAGCCUCUACAACUCUUUCGAGAAUGUCCUCGACCGCAUUGAGAAACUAUGCGGCCGUCGCCCGGCCUUCCACAACGUUGACCUGACCGACGAGAAGGCCCUGGAUGGUGUCUUCGACAAGCACCCCGAGAUUGACUCCGUCAUUCACUUUGCCGCCCUCAAGGCAGUUGGCGAGUCUGGCGAGAUUCCUCUCGAGUACUACCGUGUUAACGUCGGUGGCAGCAUCAGCCUCAUGCGUUCCAUGACCAGCCACAACGUCUCUAACAUUGUCUUCUCCUCCUCCGCCACGGUCUACGGCGAUGCGACGCGAUUUCCCAACAUGAUUCCAAUCCCUGAGCAUUGCCCGAUCGGUCCCACAAACACCUACGGCCGCACCAAGUCCACCAUUGAGGACGUCAUCACCGACCACGUCAACGCCGAGCGCAACAGACUGAAGAAGGAGGGCAAGCCCUUUGAGCACUGGAACGGCGCUCUUCUGCGCUACUUCAACCCCUGCGGUGCACAUCCCAGUGACUAUGCUUCUCGCGACGGUACGGCCAUCCGCGAUUACAUCCAUGUCAUCGAUCUCGCCAAGGGACAUCUCGCGGCGUUGCAGUACCUUCGCGACAACAAGCCGGGUGUCAAAGCCUGGAAUCUUGGCUCUGGGCGCGGCAGCACUGUGUUUGAGAUGAUCAAGGCCUUUAGCGCCGUUGUCGGCCGCGAUCUUCCCUACGAGGUUGUUGCCCGCCGCCAAGGCGACGUGCUUGACCUUACCGCCAACCCUACCUUGGCUAACAAGGAACUCAAGUGGAAGACUGAGAUGCUCCUGGAAAAGGCUUGCGAGGACCUGUGGCGCUGGGUCAGCAACAACCCCCAGGGCUACCGCCAAGAGCCACCGGCCGAGUUGAUGAAUGCCGUUCAGACACCUAAGGUUUAG